UGCUGCAAAGGGCGGUUGAUGUUCUUUGUAAUUGCGGUGGAUUACUCAUUUUCGGUAAUUGGUGCUCCACCUUACUCUCGGUGUUGCUACUGUUUUUUAAUCUAUGUUCAUAUCGGUGUUGAUGGUACAUGAGAGGUGAUCUUUUGACAAGCAACAGGAAAUAUAUUUCCAAUAGUAUUUUCUUUCAUUUAGGACAUAGUAGCAAAGCAAGAUGCCUAAGCCGGUAAAUGUUCGAGUGACGACGAUGGAUGCGGAGUUGGAGUUUGCCAUCCAACCAAACACCACAGGCAAACAACUCUUUGAUCAGGUUGUAAAAACAAUUGGUCUGCGAGAAAUCUGGUUCUUUGGGCUCCAGUAUUCUGAUAGCAAAAGCUACCAAACCUGGUUAAAACUGAAUAAAAAGGUGAUGUCACAAGAUGUGAGAAAAGAAUCUCCUUUGCAGUUUAAAUUUAGAGCCAAGUUUUACCCUGAAGAUGUGUCAGAGGAGCUAAUACAAGAGGUUACACAGCGUUUGUUCUUCCUUCAAAUCAAAGAGGCGAUUCUGAACGACGAGAUCUACUGUCCACCAGAAACCUCUGUUCUGUUGGCGUCAUACGCAGUUCAGGCCAAAUAUAGCGACUACAAUUUAUCCAAUCAUCCACCAGGAUUCCUUGCAAAUGACAGAUUGCUACCACAGAGAGUAAUAGACCAACAUCAGAUGUCUAAGGACCAAUGGGAGGAGAGGAUAACCAACUGGUACAAGGAACACAAGGGCCAGCUUCGAGAGGAUGCAAUGCUGGAGUACCUGAAGAUAGCUCAGGAUCUAGAGAUGUACGGUGUCAACUACUUUGACAUAAAAAACAAGAGAGGCACAGUUCUGUGGUUGGGUGUCGAUGCUCUUGGUCUCAAUGUGUAUGAACAGAACGACAAGUUGACUCCCAAGAUUGGAUUUCCAUGGAGCGAGAUCAGAAAUAUCUCCUUUAAUGAUAAGAAAUUUGUUAUCAAACCAAUUGACAAAAAGGCUCCAGACUUCAUAUUCUACGCACCUCGACUGCGUAUUAACAAGCGCAUCCUAGCCCUGUGUAUGGGCAACCAUGAACUGUACAUGCGCCGACGAAAACCCGAUACAAUUGAAGUACAACAGAUGAAAGCCCAAGCCCGAGAAGAAAAACAUGCUAAAUUGGCAGAGAGAACCCAGUUGCACCGUGAAAAGCAGGCACGUGAAGAUGCUGAGAGAGGAAAGAAAGAACUGGAAGCCCAGCUACAGAAGUAUGAAAUGGAGGCUAAGAAAGCACAAGAAGCUUUGCUGACCUCAGAGAAGGAGGCCCAGGACUUGGCAGAGCAGCAGAAGAGGAUGCAAGAACAGAAAGCCUUGCUUGAGGAACAAAGCCAGAAAGCAGAAGAAGAGAAGAAACGUAUUGAAGAACAGAUGUUACAAGAGGUUAAAAGCAAGGAUGAGUUAGCUGCCCUAGCUAGAGAAAUGAAAGAGCAGCAGAUGGCAGCACAAGAAGAGAAAGAAAGACUGGCCGCUGAAGCUAUUGCUCUUCAACAACAACUUCAAGAAGCACAAGAACGUGCUGAAAAGCAGCAGCAGGAGUAUCUACAGGUGAUUGCCACUCCUCCGCAAUCUCAUGUACAAGAAUCUGAGAAUGACACCAGCGAUCUGUCCACUGAUACCAAAUUAACUAACGAUCGAUCUGAGGAGGAUCGUAUUACAGAGGCAGAAAAGAAUAAGCGGUUCAAAGAACAGUUGAAACAAUUGGGCUCAGAAUUGGAAAACGCCAAAGACGAAGACAAGGUGACUAACACAGAUAAACUUCAUCAACAAAAUGUUCGUGCAGGGCGUGAUAAAUACAAGACACUUAAACAGAUUAGAGCGGGAAACACUAAGGACAGAAUCGAUGAAUUUGAGAACAUGUAGACUGCAAAAAUUACAAAAAAAAUCUUUCCUUCCAAAAGGGUUCCUCGGUGGUUUAUUGACUCUGUUAACUUGAAGUUCAGAUGGAAGAUAUGGUACAGUAAAAUAGGGAUGGAAGCUGUUUGGAUAGUUUAAAAUUUCAAUGAAACAGAGCAUUCUGGGAUGUUGAAAAAAAAGUAAAAUAUACAAGCAUCUACGCAAGAUCAUGUCCGAAAAAGCUCAAAUAAUUUGUAAACAUACCAUUCUUUGUAAUAUAUAUAAUCAUAAUGGCUGGUUCUGAGUUUCAAGUUUUAUAAUUUUCAUUUAGUUAUUGCUCUAAAAGAUAGGCUGAUUUUUGUUUCUCCUAUUCUGUCUCAUUGAAAUGCUUAAAAUUGUAAUUUUGUACAAACAAUGAUAAGAAGAAAAUUAGUAAUUGCUGUAUGUUAAGGCAGUAUUUGUAAUACAGUAAUAUACAAAUGUGCUUUAAAGGCAUUGGGAUUUUAAAGAAACUUUCAUAAUAUGCAUUUAAAUAUCUGGGUCAUUUUUUUUAUUUUUUUUUAUUUUUUUCCAAUUUACAAUCCCAACAUUUGGAUAAUCAUUCUUUCAUAAAAAAUUCAUUUAUACAAAUGGUUAAAAAAAAUUAUCUGAAGUUGUCAAAUUGUAGCAGGUGUGAGGUAAAAUUUGAUCAAUUUUUUGUCUCAUGAUUAAAAAAUGAUGUUGCCUUCCAACAGCUAACUGAUCAUCUUUCAAAUAUUGAAGAAUAGUUUAAGAAAAAAUAUUUACAUAUUUCUAGGUGGAGCAAAACUGCCCUCUAUAGGUAUAUAUGCACAACUACUUAUCACCUUUAAAUCACACCAAAUCAAACUUUCUGCAAACAUAACCAUUAAUUAUUGUCCUUGUGAAGUAUUUUUAAAGAGUAUCUGCAUUGUAUUUUUGAUGGAAGAUAUUGUAUUUUUUCCCUCUUGUGUAACCAAUUGGACAUGAUAAACCAAUAUAUAUAUAAUAAUUGACAUUCCUUUAUCCUUGUAAAUUGUUGUGCAGUCAAGCGUGUAAUUUAUGCAUUGCAGGGAAAUGUGGUGAAUGUUGAUGUUUUGAAAUUUGAAUGCAGUAAAAUACUGCUAGACUGUCGGUAGGAAUUUAAAUACUUGAAUAAAUCUAAAGAGUAGUUUUAAUUUGUUCAGCCAAGAAUUAAGGCUUUAAUUGUGAAAAAAUAUAUAAAAUAAGUAUAUACAUUUUGUAAUGAUGUAGUUUUGCUUUCGAAAUAAAUUUGAAUAUUUGCUUUUUUCUUAGUUAAUGUAUAGUUAGUCAGUAUAUUGACUGAUUAAAUUUAUUAUUUUUGUUAGUUUUUUUUUUAUUUAGAGGGAUUUGUUUUGUUUACCAAUCUAAUUUUUUACUAUUAUUUUGACUAAUUUGUCAUAAAUGACUAUAGACAGUACCAUGGUGCCUUAAGGCCUAGUUGGUUUAAAAUGCGUGUAUAUGUGUAAGGACCAACGUUUAUAGUUACGGUUCUGUUCUUGUGUGGAUGGUUUAAUCUAGGAUGUGUCCUGUCUGUGUAUUUUUCUGUAAUAUACACAUGGUUUAAAAACAGCCAACUCAUUUUCUAUAAUUUUAUAGGUUUUAGCCAUUAUAUCAUAACAAAAUCAAGAAGUCCAACAUCAAAAAGUAUGCUGUAUACAUAUUUGCAUACAUAGUUACAUACAUCAAUGAAUUACAUACACAACUUCACAUCAUGUAACUACAUAAAAUAUUAGAUAGAUAAUUUUACACACCUACAUUAUACAUACUGUACUUAGGCUAACAUGGAUUGUGUACCAACUUUCAGAGAUGUAGAUUUUUAGGUAAAAUCAACACUUGAAUAUGUUUCAAAUGUGUUUUCUAAUUUCACAUGUUAUUGUAUACAAUACCAUGCAUAUUAACCGUUUUUGUUUGAUCACUCUAGAUUUACAGAUUUCAAGAAUAAUCAUUGAUUUUGCAAUACUGAAUAACAUAGUUGAUUUGAUUAAUACAACCAAACUGGAGAUUCGUUUGUUGUUAUUCACUGAUUGUAGCUAUAUUGAGCAUUUUUGUGUAAUUUAAUGGCUGAGGGAUUCUAUCAAACUGUAAUCUGUUAGGUUUUGAUUGAAAAUGGACAAUAAAAGCGACUGUAUAUUUA